AUGUCUGGUAAUCAGACACUUGCACCUCUUGCAGGAAUCGGAGGGAAUCAGCCACAACUGGCUGCACUACUUUCUCCCUAUACCGUCACUGCGUCUGAUGGCACCGGGGUUCAGUUGAUCAAUUGUAAGCUGAACGGGGACAAUUACCUCACAUGGUCCCGAUUGAUGCGGAUAUCGCUUCGCGCGAAAAACAAAAUAGGAUUCAUUGAUGGAACCCUCCCUGAACCAGCAGAAGGAGAGCCGAACAGGGCUCUAUUGGUGAUAGCAAACUCCACGGUCGUUGCAUGGAUUGCAAAUACGUUGGAGAAAGAUCUUCAACCUAGCAUCGCUUGUAUCGAGAACGCAAAAAUUCUCUGGGACGACCUGAAACAACGGUUUUCCCAAGGUAAUGAAACCCGAAUUUAUCAACUAAAAUGCGAAAUUUACCAGUUGAAGCAGGAAGGCAGACCCGUCUCAGAGUAUUACUCACUACUCAAGGGUCUCUGGGAUGAACUCGAUCAAUUGCUCGAAGAAACUGGCUGCACUUGUGCGUGCAUCUGUGGGAUUGGAGCAACCCGAACUGCACAAAGAGAGAAGGAGAAAGCUCAUCAAUUCCUAAUGGGUUUGAACCCUAAUUUUAACACAGUCCGGUCAAAUAUACUCAAUCUCGAGAUUUUUCCUUCUCUCAGUCGAGUAUUUCAAAUGGUGAUUCAUGAUGAGCGGCAAAGGAUGGUGAUCCGUGCUCAAGAGAUAGGACCGGAGGCUGCUGCAUACAUGGCGAGAGGAGGCAAAGAGAUUUAG